CAUAUUCCACUUAUAUAAACUGAUCAAUGUCAAAAGAAGUUACUCAUGAUGAAUCUAAUUUAAAAGAACUAACUAAAAGCUUGUCCGAUGCUUAUUGUCUUGUAUUACAAUAUUCAACACAAAAUCAACAACAGAUUACUAGUAGUUUAAAGCACCUUUCAAAAUAUAGCAAUGAUUUACCUACUUCAUGGUUUACACCCCAAUUUUUAGAUGCACUGUUAUCACUUGAGAAACGCUUUUUGAAUGAGCCUCAUUUUGAAACACUCAGCUCUAUCUUCAGCUUAUUUUCAAGUUGGAUGCGUCGUCUGUCUUCAACUAAAGAUGUACGACUUCCAAUGAUAAUGGAUUCUGUAUUAAAAAUCCUUUUGGUUACAGAUAAUAGAUAUUUAUCAAUUCAAAAAGAUGCAUUUAUAGGAUGGGUAUCAUUAAUAGGGAAAGAUCUGGAUACUCAACUAUUGGAAGGUAUGACUAAAGUGUUCGAGUUAUACACUACUUUUUAUAACGAAGAAAGAACAAAUACAAUGCUUGAGACUCUAAAUGCUAGUCUGGCUCACACUUUAGCCCAGACAAACACACUGAAUGAUUUUGAAGUUGAAGCAUGUCAAAAACUGUUGAAUGCAUAUAUCAAAUUUGCAGCAAAAAAAUGGGAUGGACCUCGAACGAUGAUGACUGCCAUUGAGCACGCUGUUGAUGUCAGAGCUCAAGAAAAACCUCAAACUCGUGCUGAAGUUGAUUUAACUACUUUAGUUAAUAUGGUUAUUGAUACUUUAAAUGAAAAAUACGAAACUCAUUUGAUGAGUUUUACAUCUUUUGCUGCCCUUGCAGGUGUAGUUCGAAUGUUACAAUUCAGUCAAGGAAAGAAAACAAAUAGAAUACUGGAAUUACGUAAACAAUCUGAAAAAGCAUUUAUUAGACAAUUUGAUACUAUUAUUGAUACUGUUAUGUCUACAAAGUAUGUCAACGAAUACUAUGCAAAUCAAGAUAUUGUUUCUUUCUUUGCUUGUAGAUGUAUUAUUCAAAUACCAAAAGAAAUCAUUUUGCAAUCAAAAAAUAUAUCUACAUUAUUAAAAAUAUUAACUUCAAGUUUGUUAACAAGUCCUCAUGCUUUUAACAAUGGUGAAUUACUACAUAGACUCGAAAAUACGCCCUCUAUGGUUGAAGAAGUGAAGCAGUUAAUUAAUCAACCUUUAUAUAAAGAUAUUGGCCGUAUUUCUCGAGCUAUGGCUAAGCUUAUUAAAAUAGUAUUGAUAGAGGAUCAAGCCGUUUAUGAAAUCCAGACCAUUUUGGAUAGAUUAGUAGGAUUUUCGUAUAAUACCUUUUUCGAUUGGGAUAGAUAUAAAAUAAAUAUGUCAGAGAAAUCGAUGAGUGUGGAAGAGUCAAAGAACAAGGAAAAUCUUGAAGCUGCUAUAUGGACACUUUUUAAAAGUAUAUUGUUUGCAUUCACUGUUAUUCUUAAGUCAAUUGCAGUGGAUAUACCUAUUGGACAAGGUUUUAGUAUGGUCUCUAAUGCUGCUCAGGACAUUAUUUCAACUUAUGCUAAUCUUAACUUUAUUACGGAACAUUUGGGCGAAGGUGCAGGUCGCCAAGCCUAUCAAGAAACGUUAACAAAUGCUGUUGCCUAUCUAUUACAUGAAGAUAAUCAUUGCCAGUUAAAUAAAUUAUUAUCUUCAGCUUUUAAAGAAUAUGCACCUUCUCAAUAUUCGCAUAAUGGCAAACCUUCUAUCGAGUUAUUAUCUAUAGUCAAUCAAUCUCGCCUUACAUUCUUUACAGAUUUAAUUGAGCAAGUAAUGAAAGCAAUUGAUGAUAAAGUUUUAGAAAAUGAUAUCUUGCCUGUCAUUUAUCCUAUACUCAAAUGGAAAAAUGUGAAGAAUAAAAACUUGUAUGAAAGUGUUCAUACAGUUGUCAUUACUGCCUUUGUUACCGAAAAACCUGUUUCCCGAGAAUUAGCUGGUGUGUAUUCCAAGAUUCUAAUUGAAAAUUUCCCUGAACCUAUGAGUUUAGACCAAUUCCGCUUUGCAUUUAAUUCGUUAAUUCAAACACUUUGCAGUAUGGAUGACGCAUUAGCAUGGUUGACUGUAAAUCAGUUGAUAGAAAAGAUAUAUUCUCUUAAUUCAGAAGAGGAUAUAGUUUUACGUAAUGAAUAUAUAACAGCUCUAAUUGAUUUACUUAAACCACUGUCUUUGGGCCCUUUUUUCCAAUCUAUUUUAGAUGAAAUUGAAAAGAUGAUUUUUGCACAAGAAACAUCUGUUAUGCAAAAAGCAACUAUGAAAAUCUUGUUUGAAACUGUUAGUGGGCCUGGUAUUUCUGACAUGAGAAGAACUGAAGCUGUUGGUUGGUUCCUAAAGUUAAAACGACAAUUAAAAUUAUAAAGCUUUUAUUAAAAUAAUAGUGAUGAAAACAAUAAUAAUUUAUUUUUGACAGUUCAUAUUUGAAAGCAUUGUUAUAAGGAUUAUGAGAUUAUAAAAGUAGCAGAUGUUAAUAGCCAUUUGACAUAUUUUUUUCAAGAGGAUUUGGAUUUACUAUUGACCGAAAUGUAAUGAUACGCGACAAUCAAAAUCAUUGUAACAAGGCCAAGUGAAUUAGCAAUGAGCGCAAGUUGGGUAUCCGUAAUCAUUGAAUCUUUCUUUUUUUUUAUAAGAGUAAAUAAUAUAAUUUUAUAUAACUAUUUUGCAUCCACUUACUUGUUUUUAUAUGUAUAUAAAUAAAUGACAAGGAAACUAUUGCUUUAAAUGAUGGAGAGGAGCUAUUAAAAUACCACAAAAAAAAAAGAAAAGAAAAGAAAAGAAACUACCAGUAAGCAUUAGGUGUGCA